AUGUCUUCCGAGAAGCCUGCAUACAUCGUCGAGUCCGGCGAUGCCACCUCGGACGAGAAGGUACCUCGCCGUGGCUCAACAGCCGUUGGUGAGGCUGCCGACCUCUACGGCGAUAUCGAGACUGCCGAGCAGCUUGGUUACGUCUCUCGUGGUCUGAAGUCGCGUCACAUCCAGUUCAUCGCCCUCGGUGGAACCAUCGGUACUGGACUGUUCCUCGGUAUCGGCAAGGCCUUUGCUCACUCUGGUCCUCUUUCGGUUCUCCUUGGUUACACCUUUACUGGUAUUGCCAUCUGGGGUAUGAUGCAGUGUCUUGGUGAGAUGGCCACCUGGUUGCCUUUGCCUGGUGCCAUUCCCCAAUACUGUGCCAGAUACUGUGAUCCUGCUAUGGGCUUUGCUGUCGGAUGGAACAACUGGUACAACUCUGCCAUCACCCUGUGUGCUGAAAUCUCGGCCGCAGCUGUCGUCAUCGGGUACUGGAACGAUACCAUCAACCAAGCCGCUUGGAUCACCAUCAUCAUCGUCGUCGUUCUCGCUCUGAACAUCUUCGCCGUCUCCAUUUACGGAGAAGCUGAAUUCAUUUUUGCAUCGGUGAAAAUCGUUACAAUUGUUGGUCUGUUGCUUGUCGCCCUUGUCAUCGACCUCGGUGGUGCUCCUAAGCAGGGUCGUCUUGGUUUCCGCUACUGGGUUGUCCCUGAUGCUGGUGGUAUGAAGGAGUACAUUGCCAAGGGUGACACUGGUCGCUUCCUCGGUCUCUUCGCUACUCUGAUCAACGCUACUUUCUCGUACGGUGGUGUUGAGAUGGUCGCCGUCGCUGCUGGUGAGGCCGAGAACCCAAGAAAGAACAUUCCCAAGGCCGUCCGUCGUGUCUUCUGGCGUAUCCUUUUCUUCUACGUUCUCGGUUCUCUCGCUAUCGGUGUUACUGUGAAGUCGAACAACCCUCAGCUUACUGCUGGCGGAGUCGGAGCAAAGUCCUCUCCUUGGGUCAUCGCUAUCCAGUCUGCUGGUAUCCCCGCCCUGCCUUCCAUCAUCAACGCCGUCAUCUUGACUUCUGCUUCGUCGUCAGCCAACGCCUUCUUGUUCAGCGGUUCACGUUACCUGUUUGCUCUGGCUCAGAACGGCCAAGCCCCCAAGGUCUUCCUCAAGUGUUCCAAGAGCGGUGUGCCAUAUUACGCCGUUCUGCUCACCGCAUCGAUUUCUCUGCUCACCUACAUGAGUGUCAGCUCUGGAGCUAGCACAGUAUUCAACUGGUUCCAAAAUUUGUGCUCAAUUGCGAAUCUUAUCACCUGGAUCAGCAUCUUGAUCGCAUACAUCCAGUUCCGCAAAGCCCUGGUCGCCCAAGGUGUUGACCGCAACAGCCUCGUUUUCAAGAGCAAGUGGCAGCCAUACACUGCAUACGCCUCCCUGGCCUACUUCUGCAUGAUCCUUCUUUUCAAUGGAUUUGCCGUUUUCACCAAAGGGCGCUGGUCGAUCGACGAUUUCAUCACUGCUUACAUUGGUAUCCCCAUCUACAUCGCCCUCUACCUCUUCUGGAAGGUCUUCAAGCGUGAGCCCUUCGUCAAGCCUGCUCAGGCUGAUAUCUGGACCGGCAAGGCCGCUAUGGAUGCCGAGUACUGGCCCGAGCAGAAGCCCAAAAACUUCAUUGAGAAGAUCUGGUUCUGGAUUGCUUGA